UGUGCUAGUUUAGUUAAACCUGAUGAUCAGUUGGCCCCCUCUUCGCCUUUGAAAGUGGGGGGAAUUACGGGCUGAGAUAUGGGGUACGACCUGUAUGGUACAUGUCUAGGAGCCGGUCAACCGGCAGUUCAUCCAGAUACCGCAGGGGAUCACAUGACCUGCUUUUAGCCAAGCGAGUCGAAUUCCUCUUCAACCCCCACGUCAUUUAUGGAGGGCCAGAUAUACCACCUCGACACAAACAUAAUAUUUGUAUGCGAAUGGCCGAUAUUUUUUUUUUGUUGAUUUGUCUCGCUUCCGUGUUUCGGGACUUUUCCUUUUGCCUCUGUGCCUAUGAACCACCCGAGGCCAAAAUUUGGCCACGCUCAGUAUAAUCUAUCAGCCCUGUAUUUCUGUAAUUUUUGUAAACACA